AAAGCUCACCAACUCUACACUCUUCUCUAAAUCUCAGAUCUCAAACAUCUAGAGCUUACAGAGAUUCUCAGCUACGGAGGCCAGAACACAAUCAUCCAUCUUCGAGAUCUCUAGAAACUAACUGGUUCUUCAUGUUUGGGUCUGGUUUCUGCCAUUUGGGUGGCUUGAAUUUCUUGUUUUGGCAAUUGGGUAUCUGAGAAUUCAUUGAAAGAAAGUUUGAAUUUUCAGUUAUGAAGAUUCUAUGUUUGGUUCUUCAUGUAUGGACUCUUGGGGUGUUGAUGUUCUUUAGCUUUACAUCUUCAUACAAACAAUAUGAGCCCCAAUCUAAGUGGGAUGUUGGAGAUGAUUCUUCUUUCUCCCGUGGUGCUCGCUUCAGCGAGGUUGAAAAGGAAUGUGGGUCUGUUAUAUCAUCAUCAGUCGAAUUGAAUUCCAAUCCCGGCAGAUGGAAUAGUGUCAGAGAUGAACUGUCCUUCAUGACGGGGGCUUGGUGGCAGGAGGGAGAUUCCUCACCAUUGAUGCCGUUCGUUGAUAGAGAUGAUGUCCCGAAGAACAAGUCGGGUCUCUCCCCUCUGCUCCACUUGGUUUCGUUCACGGCGGUGGAUGUCGAUCGAGUUCAUAGGUUUAAAAACAUGGUUAAUGUUAGUGGGAUAUUGAACUUGUUCAUUUAUAGAGACAUUCCACCUGAGUGGAGUUCCAGCAUGAUGCUGGUUCCUGCUGAGCAGCAAGAGGUUUAUUCACAGUCCCCGGUUCAGCAAUCGCCUGAAUUUCUGAUGCACACUGGGGAUUCUCGCCUCACGAUCACAUUCGAUGGGAUUUACGUUGAGUCGGAGAAGAAUGGUGGGGAACGUGUGUUAUGUUUGUUGGGGUCUGCAACGUUGCCUUCUCGACAACCUGAUUCGACUGAUCCAUGGGAAUGGGUGAAGCAUUCAAAUCCGAACCAUUACCAGCCUCGUCUCUUGCAAGAUGACCGGAUUUUGCUCAUUCUUCGGUACCCUCAGACCUUUACUUUGACUACCCGAGCUAUCCAUGGAGAAAUGAAAAGUCUAAAUGAGGAAUCGAACCUUAGGUACUUUGAUAAGGUUUAUAUAUCUUCCCAGUUGGGUGCUUAUUCCAAUUAUGAGUUUGGGUCUAAAAAGCUAAUUUCCAAAGCCUGUGAUCCUUACCCAUAUGGUGAUGAUGUGAUCAAUGGUCAGGUAGAGAUUUAUAAAGGGUUUGGGUUUUGUGGGAUUCUUGAACGGUUUCUAUCUGAAGAUCCUUUUACUGUUGUGCCAAACUGGAAGUGUAAUGGCACUGAUGAAUAUUGCAGCAAGUUGGGUCCUUUUGUGUCUGGAGGGGAGAUUAAGGCCACGGAUGGUGGUUUCAAGAAUGUUAAGCUUGUAACUAAUGGUUUGAGGUGUGAGCCUGGACAUGGAGAAGGCAAUGUCAGCAGUGCCAGGAUGUCUGCUGUGUUCCGAGCAGUUGGUCCGUUUGGGAAUGUGUAUACGGAAUCAAGGAGAACUAGUCUUACUAAUAUGACUCUUUCGGCUGAGGGAAUAUGGAAUUCCUCUGUUGGGCAGGUUUGCAUGGUCGGUUGUCUUGGAAAUGUCGAUGCGUCGGUCGAUGGUUGCAAUUCUCGUAUCUGUUUGUACAUUCCAAUCUCCUUUUCCAUCACACGGCGAAGCAUCAUCUUUGGGACCAUAUCCAGCAUCAGCAACAGUGCAGAUUCAUUCUUUCCUUUAUCAUUUGAAAAGUUAGUUCGACCUUCAGAGCUAUGGAACAGCUUCAGCACCUCCCAUCUGUCAUACAAGUACUCGAAAAUUGAAUUAGCUGGUGCAUUCCUAGAGAGAAGUGAGCCUUUUGAUUUCAGAACUGUUAUCAAGAAAUCGCUCCUCAGCUAUCCAGCACUGGAAGAUGGCGAUGAACUUGUCAGCCUUUCUCUUCUCUCAGAAGAUCUCACUCUCCAUGGAAUCCCUGCAGUGCCGGAUCCAGUACCCAAGGUCCGUUCUCGAAGGCCUUUCAUCGAAAUGGAGGUAAUAUCUAUAGGUCCACUGUUCGGACGUUAUUGGCCAUCGUCAGAAAAUGUAUCUACCGUAGAUGGGGAGGUGCCAUUCCGUGCUAAAGCUGAAUCCACCGAAGAAAAGCUCCUUUUGAAUGUCUCUGCACAGCUCAGGGUUAUUGGGGAGCCUUACACCAAUGUCUCAGAGCUAUUCUUGGAGGGCUUAUAUAACCCAAUUGUUGGCAAGAUGUAUCUAAUCGGCUGCAGGGAUGUCCGGGCCUCUUGGGACGUCCUGUUCGAGAGCAGGGAUCUUGAAGGUGGACUUGAUUGUUUAAUCGACGUGAAAGUUGAAUACCCACCCAAAACCGCCCGAUGGUUAAUGAAUCCGACUGUGAAGAUCUCUAUCAACAGCCAAAGGAACGAUGACGACCCGCUCCACUUUAGCCCAAUCAAUCUCAUGACUCUUCCUAUCAUGUAUCGGAAGCAACGGGAAGACAUAUUGUCCCGUAAAGGCGUCGAGGGGAUUCUUCGCAUUCUGACUCUGUCUGUGGCGAUCGCUUGCAUAUUGGGUCAAUUAUUUUACAUCAGAGAUAAGGUCAAUGUCAUUCCUUUUAUCUCUCUCGUCAUGCUUGUUGUUCAGGCUCUUGGGUAUAGCCUUCCUCUAAUCACGGGUGCGGAGGCUCUAUUUGCACAGAUGUCUUCUGAACCUUACGAAAGCCAAUAUUACGAUCUUAAAAGGAAUCAAAAGUUCCGUGUUAUUGACUACAUGGUGAAAUUUCUCGUGCUGGUUGCGUUUCUACUCACACUAAGGCUCUUCCAGAAGGUGUGGAAAUCGCGUAUCAGACUACUUACACGUGCUCCUCUGGAACCGGGCCGUGUCCCAAGUGAUAGGCGGGUCCUCUUCGCUAGCUUGGUGAUACAUACUGUCGGGUUUCUCAUCAUUAUUGUGGUUCAUAUGGUGGAUGCCAGUAAGAGGCCACUUCAGUCAGAAAAAUAUACCGAUGUGAGGGGAAAUAGCCACAAACUUCGAGAGUGGGAAACUGAACUUGAGGAGUAUGUUGGUCUAGUUCAGGAUUUCUUCCUUCUUCCACAGAUUAUUGGCAACGUUUUGUGGCAGAUUGACUGUAAACCGCUGAGGAAAGUGUAUUACAUUGGCGUCACGGUGGUGAGGCUUCUUCCGCACAUCUAUGACUACAUAAGAGCUCCUGUUUUCAAUCCAUACUUCUCAGAGGAGUAUGAAUUCGUGAACCCGGAUCUGGAUUUCUUUUCUAAGUUUGGAGACAUCGCGAUACCAACUAUUGCUACUCUUCUUGCAAUUAUAGUAUAUAUUCAACAGAGGUGGAGUUACAGGGAACUUAGCGAGAAACUGAGGUCAGGGGAGUGUAAAUUUCUGCCACUGGGAUCCCGAGUCUAUGAGAGGUUGCCCUCAAAGUCUUUUGAAGCGGAGCUCGUUUCUGGCGUGAAUGAAAGUUCAACGCAUAGUCAUUUGCAGCAGGAUGAAGAAUGAUUGUCAUUCAUUGCAUGACCUUUUUCAAAGACAGUGCGCGGUGAGUACUGAUAUGAAAGUUUAUAAAAUGUUGUUGUGAUUUUAGUGAUUCUGAUUUUUAAAGAUGAGAUGUUAACUGAUGAACUGUUUUAGGAGAUUGAUGAGUAACAUAUGGUUAUUUUUCCUCCCAUGCAAUUGAAUCAUCAGAAAUUUACUCAUUUGAUACGGACUAUCAUUCCAAUGUAUGGCCAAGUAAGAAUGUGGCAUCAUGAAUCUUUAGUUUUUUAGUUCCUUUA